GCGAUGCUGCAGCUGCGGGACUCGGUGGAAGGCUCCGGCGAGGCGGCGCUGAUGGUGCCGGCGGCCGAGGCCGACGUCCCCUUCACGCCCCCGGGGGACCGGGCCUCCUCCUCGUCCCUCCUGCCCAGGCAGACCCUGCGGCCCCUCAGCGUGCGCAACCCCACCCGCGGAGGACGCCUCAAGGAGUACUUCGUCUUCCGGCCAGGGACAAUAGAGCAGGCUGUCAACGAGAUCCGCGUAGUUGUAAUGCCUACCGAAGAUGGAGAAGUGCAAAGUGUAUGGCUACUGACUGAAAUUGAUCACUGGAACAAUGAGAAGGAACGUUUGGUUCUUAUCACAGAUUGGUCCCUGCUGAUCUGUAAAUAUGACUUCAUCAGCCUGCAGUGCCAGCAAGUGACCAGAAUAUCACUUAAUGCAGUUGACACGAUUUCCAUAGGAGAAUUUGAGUUUCCUCCGAAGUCACUGAAUAAGCGGGAAGGCAUUGGAAUUAGAGUUCAGUGGGAUAAGCAAAGCCGUGCUUCCUUCAUCAAUAGAUGGAACCCGUGGUCCUCGAACGUGCCAUAUGCUACUUUUACAGAACAUCCAAUGGCCGAUGCAGAUGAGAAGAUUGCCUCUCUUUGCCAAUUAGAGAACUUCAAGACGCAACUGAUCCAAGCCGUGAAGAAGGCCCACAAGGACUGUCCCCUGCCCGGGAGGGCAAAUGGAGUCCUGGUGCUGGAACGGCCUCUUCUCAUUGAGACCUACCUGGGAUUGAUGUCUUUCAUCAACAACGAGGCCAAACUCGGCUAUUCAAUGACAAGAGGGAAAAUCGGAUUUUAACAGACAAUAAAGA